UAGGUACUAAAUAAAUGAGGAAGCCCGGCCAAAACUCAGCACAGCAAUUCUCAUUCUUCAUCACUGAGCAAGGUCUUCAAUGGCCUCUACCCACAUUCUCUGUUUUCUCUGUCUUUUCUUUGUCAUCCCCUUCUCUUCAUCUUCAUCAUCUACACCUAACACCAUUACCAUCUCUCUCUCUCCUCUGCCCACCACGCAGCCGUCUUCGGAUGAAUUUGAGAACCUCAAAGUAGUCUCCUCCGCUACUCGAAACAGAGCUCACCACCUCAAGCACCGCAACUCCAAUUCCAAACCUCCCCUCGUUAAAACGCAAGCUUAUCCCAGGAGCUACGGUGGCUACUCCAUUCAUCUUAAUUUUGGAACGCCGCCCCAAACAUUUCCCUUCGUCCUGGACACCGGAAGCAGCUUGGUCUGGCUCCCCUGCACUUCUCGCUAUCUCUGCUCCAAAUGUUCCUUCCCUAAAAUCGACCUGACCAAAAUCCCCAAGUUCAUUCCCAAGAAUUCAUCCUCUUCUAAGAUCGUUGGUUGCCAAAACCCAAAAUGUAGUUGGAUAUUCGGCUCUGAUGUUCAGGCUCGAUGCCAAGACUGCAAACCCAAUGGCCGAAAUUGCUCGCAGAUAUGCCCUGCUUACAUAAUUCAAUAUGGUUUGGGCUCAACGGCUGGCUUCUUACUCUUAGAAAAUCUGGACUUCCCCGGAAAAAUUGUACCCGAUUUUCUUGUCGGGUGUUCCAUCUUGUCAACUCGGCAACCCGCUGGGAUCGCCGGGUUCGGUCGCGGACCGGAGUCCCUGCCCUCCCAGAUGGGUCUGACCCGGUUCUCAUACUGUUUACUACCUCACAGGUUUGACGACUCCUCAAAAAGCAGUGAACUAAUCUUGCACAGUGCAUCCUCCAAGGCCAAGACUAACGGCUUUAGCUAUGCACCGUUUCAGUCUAACCCGUCAGCGAAUAAUUCAGCGUUCCGUCAGUAUUACUAUAUAAGCCUUCGAAAAGUCAUCGUGGGUGGCAAGCAAGUCAAAAUUCCUCACAAAAUGCUGCAGCCAGAUUCCCAAGGCAAUGGAGGCUGCAUAGUGGACUCUGGCUCGACCUUCACAUUCAUGGAAAAGCCUGUUUUUGAUUUAGUGGCGCAAGAGUUCGGGAGGCAAAUGGGUAACUAUAGCAGAGCCAGGGACGUAGAAGCCCAAUCUGGUCUGACUCCGUGUUACGUUAUUUCCAGCAAGAAAUCAGCAUAUUUCCCGGAAUUAACUUUUCAAUUCAAAGGGGGUGCCAAAAUGGUACUGCCUUUGAGCAAUUACUUCUCGCUGGUUGGUAAGUCGGGUGCCGCAUGCUUGACCAUUGUCUCAGACAAUGGGGUCGGUCCGGCAGUGGCGGCCGGGCCGGCGAUCAUUCUGGGUAAUUAUCAGCAGCAGGAUUUCCAUGUGGAAUAUGACUUGGAAAAUAACAGGCUUGGAUUUCGGCCUCAAAGUUGCAGCAAGAAUGCUUAGGAGUUGGCAGCUAAGGCUUAACCAUGGUGGUUAAUGAGCGGUCGCAGCGGAAAUGGUAGCCGAACACGGGGGCGCCAACGUGACUGGGGGAUUGAAAGUGAGCGCCUGUAGCAGGGGGCAGGUGUAAUAUUUAUUUUUAAUGAGGGAUCAUGAAGUUAGCAGCAGUACUCGUUGAUUUUAGGUAUCGUAAAGUCAAUUUAGUUGGUGCAUUAUUGACUGCGGGUUUCUACCGUACGUGGAUGAUGGAUGGAUUUCGCAAAAGGAUUAA